AUUCUUAAUCCUAGUUACAUAUCACCACUUGUUGGUCUUCAGUUCCAUAUGUUGAUUAGACGUUCAAACUUGCAACCUCCGGAUAGUCAAUCAAAAGCGUCGGAGAUUAUGAUGUUAAUCUCGAGGGGAGGCAUUAAAUUGCUCCGGAAGAUUUGGGGUUUAAUGUUGCCGUGGGUAAAAAGAUGGAACGAAACUUAUCCUCUUCUUCAGUUCUGGCAGGGCAUAAUGCCCAGUAUCUUAAUCAUCUUUGCUCAGUCUUUGAGCCUUUACGCGCUCGAAAAUAAAAGACGGAUACUCAUAGAAAUAUAUCCAAGUAAGCAAUCAUAUAAUUCUUGCAUUUACGUAGAUUAUGCCAUGAGCAUGAAACAUCCAGAUAUCAUUGUUCAAUGCGGUAAUCCACGAAUUAAAGAACAGCAGCAUUUCUGUGAGGAAGUGGCCGCUGUAGGAUCGUAA